CAGGGGGCAGAGUUCACCUCGUCGGCCCGCCUCUCUCAUCCUCUCCCCGGAUCAUGAGCUGAGUCUUCCCGGGAGAAACUUGAGGAAGAUGGCGGCGGACGAUCGCUCCCGGUCCGAAGCUGCGAAGCAGCGACGGCACGACCAGCUCCAGCGGUGGCUGGGAUCCGAAACCGACAGAACCGGGACGGAGCUGCGAGAUCGGCCCUCGACGGGCGGAGGGCGUCGGGCCCGAGUGCGCUUUGCCCAGGGUGCAGUGUUUAUGGCUGCUUGCUCCGCCGGAGACCGGGAAGAAGUGUCAGAACUGCUGAAGCAGGGAGCCGAUAUAAACCACGCGAAUGUGGACGGACUGACUGCACUGCACCAGGCCUGUAUUGAUGAGAAUAUAGAUAUGGUGCAGUUCCUGGUGGAGAACGGGAGUGAGGUCAAUCGAGGGGACAAUGAGGGCUGGACCCCCCUCCACGCUGCCGCCUCCUGCGGAUUCAUCCCAAUCGCCAAGUUCUUGAUUGACCACGGCGCACUGGUGGGAGCCGUAAAUAGUGAGGGAGAGCUGCCUCUGGAUGUAGCCACAGAAGAUGCAAUGGACAGACUCUUGAAAGCAGAGAUAAAGAAGCAGGGGGUGGACAUGGAGAGCGCCAGGCGUGAGGAGGAGAGGGUGAUGCUGCGGGAUGCCAUGGCGAUCUCGGCUGGGCGUGGCACCUUGACCCCUCACUCCAUCACGGGAGCCACUACCCUUCACGUGGCGGCAGCCAAAGGCUACAUGGAGGUCAUGAAGGUGCUGUUCCAGUGCGGGCUUGAUGUGGACUGCAAGGACUGCGACGGGUGGACACCACUGCAUGCCGCUGCACACUGGGGCCAGGAAGAGGCCUGCAGCCUGCUGGCAGAGAACAUGUGUGACAUGGGAGCAGUCAAUAUCGUGGGCCAGACUCCCCUGGAUGUCGCGGAUGAGAAUUUGGUGGACACCCUGGAGGAGCUCCAGAAGAAACAGAAUGUUAUGCGAAGUGAACGACAGAAACUCUCCCAGCCGCCCAUCAUCGAGACCAGCUCGCCUGUCUCCACAGCACCCCCGCGGGCACGCAGGACCUCAAUUUCUCGUAUGAGCAGCAAAGAGAAGAUCAGCCUGCAUGAACGGGAGCGGCAUCCGCCCCCACCCCUGCAGAACACCCCCAAUGAGGAUGAGGAGGAAGACAUGCAGGCUGGUCCCCAGGGACCUUCUGGCGCUUCCAGCAGCUCCAGCUCAGAGGAAGACAGCGAAUCAGAAAGUGACGCCGAAUCAGAGAAAGCAAAAACCCGCGAGAUCAUCAACAACAAGCGGAACACCUCGGCCCUCUCUGCGGUCUCCACGGCAGCCAGCGCCACGGCGACCCAGAGUAAAAAGCCAGAUCCUGGGAAGCCCCCUGUGGUCGAGGCCCCAGGCUCCUGGAGGACAUCCCUGCGCAAAUCAGACAGCUCCGUGGCGCUGGGUGGGGGCACCGAGCCCAGUCGCCAGGGCAACAACCCUGAGUGGACUCCCCAGACGAUGACCCGCUCAGCGUCCAGUCCCAGGCUCAGCUCCGAGUCUGACGCCAAGGUACCGCGACCUGGCCCACACACAAACGAGACCAGGCUGGCCCGGGUACCCCCCACUCCUUCCCGCCGACUUUUCAGCAUUACGGACAACAACCCUCCCACCGACACCUCCAGCAGUGGCCUAACUCGUAGCUCCUCCUACACACGCCGCUUCAACAGCCAAUCGGCGAGCGAUUUGACAGGCCCCGCCCCUGGCUUACCACGCAGCUCAUCUUAUGGAAAAAAACUAGACGAUCCCAUGGUAACCUCUGUAAGCACAGGAAACACUUCUGGGCUCAAUCGCCUCAACAGCCUGGUCGCCCAGAGACUUGCUCAGGAACAGGCAGACAAGAGGGACACGUUUUCAACUACAACCUCAAAUGCGGUGACCUUGGCAACUGCAGAGCAGGAGACCAAACAGCGGCGCAAGUCUUAUCUGACUCCCGUGAGGGAUGAGGAGGCUGAAGCACAGAGAAAAGCACGCUCCAGGCAUGCCCGGCAGUCCCGCAGGUCAACUCAGGGUGUGACACUAACCGACUUACAGGAAGCAGAGAAGACAAUCAAGACAGAGCAAACGGAACGAGAGAAAAAAAAGGAGGAGGAUGAAAGGGACACGAAGCAGAAGAAGGCUGAUGAGGGGGAAGUGAGCUGGAGGUCCCGCAUUGCCAACCUCCAGAAGUCAGACCUGCUGGGCCUCACCACCCCUGCCGGCGCCCCUCGGCCCCACACGGCAGACGGAAGAGAUUCCCAGGAGGGCGGCACCGGCCUGGAGGACCGGCUGAACAGGGAGAGAAGGACUCGGGUUCGACAGAGGGCAGCACAGCGGACCGGUGAGAACGAUGACAAUGAACUAAGUGUAGAAGAGGAGGGGGGGGACAGAGGCCCGGUUUCCCAGUCACAGGCUGGCCGGAACAGCAGCAGGUCUGGUGGGCCUUCGAACGACUGCAUCAUCAGCCGUGGUUCCGAAACGAAGGACUACAAGCGGUUGUUUGAAGAAGUGUCUUUGGAGAACAGCCAGCUGCAGUCUCAGCUCCAGGACACGCAGCGGACUGUGUCCCAAACCCGGGCCGAUCUGGACAAGGCCACUCAGAGACAAGAGCGCUUCAGUGACUGCUCUGCCCUCCUGGAGCUGGAGAAGAAGGAACGGAGACUUUUGGAGCGACGUGUGGCAGAGUUGGAGGAGGAGCUGAAGGUGCUGGGGGACCUGAGAGCCGAUAAUCAACGUCUGAAGGAUGAGAACGGAGCCCUGAUCCGCGUCAUCAGCAAGCUGUCAAAAUAGAGGGAAAGCCAAGGGGUCACAGGGAGAGCAAAUAGUAAUGCUCUCUUCUGUCCACAUCCCUCCGGCCAGCAGUGAACUGCCCAUUCUGUUCCGCCCACUCCCCUCUCCACGCCCCUUGAAUCAGUUAUGAAUUGUCCACUCCCUUCUCCAUGCCCCUUGAAUCAGUUGUGCACUGCCUGUGCCCCUUUAAAACGUUAUGUGUUGUCCAAUCCCUUUUCCAUGUCCCCUUAAUCAGUCAUGUACUGUCCACUCCAAUCUCCUUGCCCCUCAGUUUGGCACUGUCUGUGCCCGUGUAAUCAGUUACAUACUGUCCACACUCUUUAAUCAGUUAUGUACUGCCCACACCCUUUAAAAUGCUCUAAACUGUCCACUCCCCUCUCCACGCCCCUUUAAUCAAUUAUGAAUUGUCCACUCCCCUCUCCACGCCCAUUUAAUCAGCUAUGAAUUGGCCACUCCCCUCUCCACGCCCAUUUAAUCAGCUAUGAAUUGGCCACUCCCCUCUCCACGCCCAUUUAAUCAGCUAUGAAUUGGCCACUCCCUUCUCCAUGCCCAUUUAAUCAGCUAUGAAUUGGCCACUCCCCUCUCCACGCCCAUUUAAUCAGAUAUGAAUUGGCCACUCCCCUCUCCACGCCCAUUUAAUCAGCUAUGAAUUGGCCACUCCCCUCUCCACGCCCAUUUAAUCAGUUAUAAAUUGUCCACUCCCCUCUCCACGACCAUUUAAUCAGCUAUGAAUUGGCCACUCCCCUCUCCACGCCCAUUUAAUCAGAUAUGAAUUGGCCACUCCCCUCUCCACGCCCAUUUAAUCAGCUAUGAAUUGGCCACUCCCCUCUCCACACCCCUGUUAUCAGUUAUGUACUGGCCACUCUCCUCUUAAAAACCCAUCGGUGAGUCAUGUCCCACCCAUUCCUCUUUCCACACACCUUACUCUGCCAUAUGCCAUUCACUCACCAUUCGAUACUCCUUCACUUAUGUUCUAUUUGUUAUCCUGUCCAUACCCCUUCUGCCCACUAAUCAACCCUCAUUAUCUCCAAUAUGACCCACCCACCAUAUCCUCCCAGCCCCUCAUUGUAUCCACCCUUUUCCCGUUUUAUCCUACGCUGUCAGCCUGCUGCCCUCUGCUUACAUCCCUUCAAGUGCCAAAGAGAAGACAGUGAAAAGAAUGUCACCCCCUUGACGCUUCGCUUAAAAGGUUCCCACCACUCAGCCUUGCAGCUCCUGACCAGCCUGUCCACAGGUCCCACACUUCCUUGUAGGACCAGAUCCUCCAGCCCAGUGUGCUUGUCAGUAAAGGGAAAACAAAGACCAAAUAUACUGGGGUGGAGAUAAGAAGCUGGACACUCAGUGCCCACGUACACAACGAUUUGUGUGUGCUCACAGACAUUUUAAAGCACUCUCACAGCAAGAUACUCAUUUAAUACCUAUGUACCCUGAGCAACAUGGAUCAGCCGAGAUGGACCUUUGCAACCCCAUUACCCACCACCAAACACACUCCAGGCGCUCUGUCCAACCACAAGCAUCGUCUGCACGACUUCCUGAAGGCUACCACACAACUCAACAUGCACCUUAGUGCCAUGAUGUUCCUGCUGCACACUCCUGAGCACAGCUGGUCAAAGCAACAUUCGGCACACCUGCCAGAACAAAGACUUGUCUGUCCAACACGGCAUUGUUACCCACCAUCAUUCCAAAUGCACAUCAUUCCAGAGGUCGGUGCACUGAACACGCCUGUAAGACACUCACCAUGCACAAGCUUUCCUCACAAACAUCUGACCAUGGACACCAGCCUACCUUAAAUACCCCUGCAGCUUCUGCAGCUCUAUGUUACCCCCCCUUACUCCCAUACCAUCUAGAAUGCACCUGGAAAGUCAACCACUCCCUCCAGCUACCACAGCUUCCAAGGAACCUACAGAAAGGGCCAGCAGAGUAGCCCCUUCCACUUCCCCAGAUGCAGAAGGACAAAGGUUAUUGCACAAUAUACAAAUAGCUGUUUUGUGAAACACUAAUAUGCAAUGUAGUUUUAUUAUUGUUAUUACGAUAAUGAAUAUUGUUAUAAUGUUGUUGUUUUUUGUUUUUGUUUUACACAAAUGUUGGUUCUCUCCACUCCCACCAGAGAAACUGUAGUAUGUGUAUAAAAAUGCCUUCAUUUGAAACGAUAACCCAUGUGAAGUGAAAGUAACUUUAUUACCCUUCCCCAUUCUCCAAGUUAGGUUUUCUAAUAUAUUGAACCAGCGUCAGCACUUGAUAAUAAAGUUAUGAGUGUUUGUA